AUGCCUACCUCAACGAACAACAAUGUUACCAAGCGCACUUUGAAAGUGUCUGAGUCUGGUCGAGAGUUAUACAACUUCUCGCAACAGUACAGUGUGGGUGGUGUGAACCUACUCCCAGUCUACUUUGAUUCCGGGAAGGGUUCUCGCCUCGUAGAUUCAGCUGGAAACGAACUCAUCGACUUUAUUUGCGGCUUUAGCGCCACUAACCUUGGCCAAUGCCACCCAAUUAUCGUUGAAGCACAAGUCAAGUCAGCCCAGCAAAUUACCUUGGCCAACAUCGCUGGAGUCUCAGCAUCCUGGCCCCGUUUGGCUAAACGAUUGUGCGAGAAGUUCGGAUACGACAAGGUCACCGCAAUGACUUCUGGGGCUGAGGCUGCGGAUACGGCUUGCAAGCUUGCCCGUGGCUGGGGUAUCAAGACAAAGAAGAUCGACCCAGCCGAGGUUCUGGUCUUCGGAACUUCAGAGAACUACCAUGGCACAAUUUCGGGCGUUUGGCCACUGAUGGAGCAGGAGGCAGGCUGGGAUCUAUACGGAACCUUUAGUGGAAACGUGACAAACAUUAAUCCUUUGACUGGUAAGGUCCUUCGAUAUCUUCAUGCUGAGGAUUACGCCGAAGCCUUUGAACAAAUGCACGAACGUGUCGCUGGUGUCAUUAUGGAGCCUCUUCAUGGUACUUCAAGGUCAAUGGAGGAGGAGAUAGAGUUUUGCAUUCAGGUCCGUCAACUUUGCAAGAAGUACAACAUCUUGUACAUUGCAGACGAAGUCCGCAUGGGCGCCUGCAAGACAGGCAAGACUCUCAGCUCAGAUUGGCUGGGACCGGAGAACAAGCCCGACAUGAUUGUCAUGGGCAAGUCCAUCUCUGGGGGCGCCUAUCCCGCGUCCUUCGUACUCGGGUCCGACGAAGUUUUGACAAACGUCAAACCGUACCAUUCGCUCAGCACGAUUGCCUCAACCCCGAUGGCGUGUGCUGUCGUUGAGGCUUCUCUUGACAUCUGGGAAACUGAGAAUCUGCCACAGAGAGCACUGAACAUACACAAGCAAUGGAAGAAGGAGAUUUCAAGCUGGAGUUUUCCAUAUCUCAGAUAUGCCACCGCCUUCGGCGCUGAUAUGAGCCUUUUUCUCAACGAAGAGUACGAGACCCGAGAGGAAAAGAUCACGGCUCGUCGGCUCAUGCUUUUAUGCGCGAACAAAGGACUUCUAGUGUAUCCCGCACCUAGAGGUCGCGUACGCUUGGGAACGGCACUGACAAUCAGCAACGAGGACCUCCUCGAAGGGUUCAGAAUUCUACGAGAAGCCUUGACCGAGUUGCCACUCUACGGAGAUAUUGAACUAGAUGAGCAGCAGAGAGAGGGUUUCUGA